AAUUCAUUCACGGCCAGGCCAGGGUAACAGAAAACAGAAGGAUUAGGGCGGCUCCGAUGUUCUUGUUUCUAUCAGAGAAAAAGAGUGGUGAUUCGUUGAUUUUCAGGUAAAUCAACUUUAGGGUUUUUAUUGAAGAAGUGGAUCACAGAUGGGUUUGUUGCGAUUUGGGCGUUCGACUGGAAAAGAUGGCGGCGAUUCAAGUCCUAACCUUUAUGUUGCGAAUUGUGGACCGGGUGUUGGACUUUCAUUCGACACAAUUGCAUCAGUCUUUGGCACCUUCGGAGAAGUGAGGGGAGUCUAUGCUGCUGAUGAUAGUGGAACUCGUGUUGUUGUUUCAUUCGCUGAAGAGAAAAGUGCGCAAACCGCAUUAGGAGCUCUAAAUGGACGCCCCUGCCCUGAACUUCAAGGCCGCUUUCUGCAUAUACAGUAUUCUAUCCUUCAGCCACCAGGAAAGGUUCAAAUCGAUAGCUCGGUACCAGUAUCUUUACAAGCUUCAGAGACCAACAUACCAGGCCUCUACUUGUGGCAUGAUUUUAUUUCUACCAGAGAAGAAGAGGACAUGCUUACUGCCGUGGAUGACAAUCCCUGGAAAACUCUUGCCAAAAGAAGGGUUCAACAUUACGGCUACGAGUUUCUAUACGAUAAAAGAAAUGUUGACACAGGAGUAUGCAUGGGAGAACUACCAUCAUUUUUUUCUCCUGUACUCGAAAGAAUCAGAGGCAUAUCCGAUCUCAAUGAUGCUGCAAAUAUAAGAUUGGAUCAACUUACGGUGAAUGAAUACCCUUCCGGUGUGGGGUUGUCCCCUCAUAUAGAUACUCAUUCUGCAUUUGAGGGAUUGAUUUUCAGCCUUUCUUUGGCUGGACCCUGUAUAAUGGAAUUCAGAAGAUAUUCCGAAGGUGUUUGGAAUGCCAAACAUGGAAAUUCUGAUGAUGGUGGCAUAAACUGUAGUCGAAAAUCUAUUUACCUUCCACCAAGAUCAUUGCUUCUGUUAUCAGGAGAGGCACGUUAUGCUUGGCAUCAUUACAUUCCGCACCAUAAGAUUGACCAUGUGAACGGUAGCCAAAUUAGACGGGCCUCAAGGAGGGUUUCCUUUACCAUUCGCAAGGUCAGGGAAGGGCCUUGUAAGUGUGAAUAUUCUCAAUAUUGUGACUCCCAAUCCCAGAAAUAAACAAGGGUAGUUAUAACUAAUAUGUCAUUUGGUCCCUGAUCAAGGUAGAGAUACUUUCUCAGAUCUGGAUCAAAGGUAUUCAAUAUUUGCAAUUUUGAUAUGAAGUUAUUCGAUAAAUGUCUCAACUUUGUCAUGUUUUUAUUUAUGAUUUUAUCGUUUAUGCGGAAACAAGACAUCUUGUUCAUUCAUCCAUACACUUGAAAUAGUAGACAUGUUUAGUUACUA